GUCAGGGUCUUUCUUCGUCUCAAAUCAAAAAACCUCACUCACAUUUUCUCUCUCCUCAACAAUCACCAGAUUCUUUGCAAAUCAUGCUGGAAGUCGGGAAAUCAUCUGGGGCAUUUGAAGUUGCAUUUUUACUAGAGUGAAAUCUGUCUUCUCUUCAAUAUAUCUCCAUUUUUUCACAUUUAAGUCACAACUGUCUUUCUUCUGAGAGUGUACUUAGGUCAAGUAGCACAUUGCUGGUGUAUAUUUGCACAUAGAUAUGCCUAUGUGGUGGGGCAAUUUGUCAUCCAAAAAGGUUCAACAAAAGACAAACAGAAGAAGUUUUAUCGAUUUAAUACAAAGGAAAUUAAACAUUCGUUCAGAAGAGAAGAAAAUGGGUGAUGUAGCAGGAUCAGAAAAGGAUUAUAUAGAUGCUUGCUCAGAAAAGAGAUCACCCCACUUAGAUUCUACAUUACCCUCGUUGCAAGUAUCGCCUUGCCAUUGUUUUACUGAGCAACCUCAUGCUCAACCUCUUCCUCUUCCUGUACAGCAUUCUCCAGGGGUAGGAGUAGAACAUCCUCUUUCUGGACAUAUCCCAUCAAGCUUGGAGUUAAAUGGAUGCUCUCAGCCUUUGCUAAAUUCUGAUCUUCUCUCUGGACAUGAAUAUAACCGUGAACAGUCUUUUGCUGUGGAUGCUUGGGGAGAUUCUGUUACUGCCUCCAUCUCCAGUAAUAGCUCAGUUGAUACAAAUGAUCAGCCUGAUUCCCAGUUCUUGAGCCCACAGGCUUCUGAUUAUGGAAGUGGGAAUGCAACGGCUAUCAGCAGCCCUUCCAGGCACAUGGAUCAUUCCUCUAUCAUUGCUCGAAGAAUCUUGAAGGAUCAAUUAAAGCAAGUUAACCUGUCAAUCAGUGAUCAUGUCCCUUUGAAAUCUACCAAAAAAGGAUCAUUUGGUACCCAAGUGACCAAACUGCAGAUUGCUCCUCGUGCUGGUUUCUUCAGUGCUCCAGACAGCUACACUUCAAGUCCUUCUCGAAGCCCAGUAAAGGCUUGUACCCAUGAACAAGUUAUCAGAUCUAGUUCUGGUGUAGGAACACCAUGCUCAGAUAUGAAUUUGGUUGGACCUGAACAUUGCUGCAAUUUGGGUUCUGAAAAAAUUUCAGGACCUAAUCCUGUCUCAGAUCAGUCUUUCUUUGGGCCUCAGAGCGGGCGUACGCCAAAUUAUUCUCGAAUACCAAGCCCUAUAAUGAUUAGUCCUAGUCGAGGUUCUUGCGUACAAAACGGCGUUGUGAGUCCAUUACAUCCUAUGGAUAGGUUUGGUGAUGGAAAGCCUGAGAGUCACAAGCUACCACUACCACCUGCAACAGCCUGCAGCUCUUGUCCAUUUUCAUCUUCAUAUGUAGGAGUAAAUACUCCUACUAAUCCAAGAACCCAUGUUCGACCAGGAAUUUCAACAAGCCCUGUUUCACAAUGGAAAAAAGGACGGCUUAUAGGAAGUGGCACAUUCGGUCAAGUCUAUCUGGGCUUCAACAGUGAAACUGGUGAGAUGUGUGCAAUGAAGGAAGUUACUUUGUUCUCUGAUGAUUCCAAGUCAAAGGAAAGUGCACAGCAAUUCAGACAAGAAAUCACUCUGCUGAGCCACUUUAGACAUCCAAAUAUUGUGCAGUAUUUUGAUUCUGAUAUGGUUGACGACAAACUGUAUAUAUACUUAGAAUAUGUCUCUGGUGGUUCUAUAUAUAAAAUUCUUCGGGAAUAUGGUGAGCUUGGCGAAUCAGCUAUCCGCAGCUAUACACGCCAAAUUUUGUCUGGACUUGCGUAUUUGCACUCUAAAAACACUGCUCACAGAGACAUUAAAGGAGCCAAUAUUCUUGUGGACCCAAGUGGGCAGGUUAAAUUGGCAGAUUUUGGCAUGGCGAAACAUAUCACUGGGCAAUCAUGUCCAUUUUCUUUCAAAGGAAGCCCAUACUGGAUGGCUCCUGAGGUAAUUAGGAACUCGAAUGGGUGCAACCUUGCUGUUGAUAUAUGGAGUCUGGGAUGUACUGUAAUAGAGAUGGCUACCUCAAAACCUCCUUGGAGUCAAUAUGAAGGGGUUGCAGCUCUCUUCAAAAUUGGGAACAGCAAAGAACUUCCCACAGUCCCCGAUCAUCUCUCAAUGGAAGGAAAGGACUUUAUUCGGCGAUGUUUGCAGCGAAACCCGAGAGAUCGUCCUUCUGCUAUCCAGCUGUUGGGGCAUCCUUUCAUCAGAAAUGUAACUUCACCUGUAAAAGGCUCAAUAAGUUUAGAUCCACUUGGGCUGCACUAUACACCUUUUGAUGCAGAAAGAUAUAAGGGCAUGAGUCACGUGAAAACAAUUUCAAGCUCAGACUUGGAAGGAGUGGCUGUUCAGUUGUCCAGGGACAUUACAAAUGGAUCAGGAUCCAGGAACACUCCGAUGUCAAAGCAUAUAUCAUGUCCAGUUUCUCCUAUUGGUAGUCCUUUUUUGCAUCCAAAGUCAUCACUGCCAAUGUACAGAAAUUCUACCAUAUCCGGACCCCAGACUGCUUCUGGCUCAUCUACGCCUUGCAGGGCUUGCACCAGUGGCAAUGUUGCUUUCCCAGUUAAACAUUUGGACCAUUUACUUCCUUAUCGAAAGUCCCAAAAAAGUCUAUAUGCCAGUGGCAACCCCUUGUUCUGCAAAACAAAGCUAGAAACUUUAUCUGGUAUUCCAGAGGUUUCCCAGACAAAUGGAGAUAUAUUUCAUGUCGAAAUGACUUAGCUGGAAGUAAGUUUGUACAAGGAAUUCAUCGUGAGCCAGGGGAAGUUUGUAAUCGACAGUCAGUAUUGGCCAGUCAUGUAUCUCAGCAACUCUUGAUUGAUCAUCUCAAAUGAGCCUAGUCCCUGUUAAUUUAAUUGUCAUGCUCAUGCUGUAUUGUUCGACAAUUUUUUUGACAGUCUUGUACUGGGAGAAGGCGUGUUGUAUUGCUGGGUGAAUGAUUUAUGUACAGUUGAAGUAGUGUUACAGAUGUAAAUAGAAAUUCUAGGGUUCGCCAAGCUUGCAGAAGGAAGAUCAGAAUUUGUGGGAUUCUCUUCGUGCAAGGAGCAAAUAUGAUAGUGAAUAGCUAGAUAAUUUUUGAAUUUUUAGGUUAGUUUAGUGAUUAUGAUUUUGCUGUAUGUACAUAUCAUUGAACAGCCCAAUUUUGUGCCAAAGUUGCCAGACAAGGAAGCUUAUGAUGCCUUGUAUCAUUUGACAGUUGCAUAUCCUACAUAUUGAUGGGAAAUUUAAUUUUGCCAGAUGUAUUGCUGAACAAUAUUUACUCACUCACAAUAUAGUUCUUGUUUUCUUA